UCACUAUGAGUAGGACCAACGAAUUGAAAAGUCUAUGACAAUGUAGGCUUAACAACCACAUCAGAUAUAAACCAAUCAAGUGCAACAAGUUGAGAUAUGUCCUAAGGCAAAACAAAAAAAAAAGAUGGAAGCAACUUUGCUGCUCUCUAUCUGCUUACUAGUACUAGUUCUGAAACUUGUUUCGUCAAGACGAAGAACACUCAAUCUCCCGCCAAGCCCACUACUUAAACUUCCAAUUAUAGGACACCUUUAUCUCCUAAAACCUCCUCUACAUCGCACCCUUGCUAAGCUCUCAAUAAAUUAUGGCCCUCUUUUCUCCCUUCAAUUUGGUACCCGCUUUGUUGUGGUGGUUUCCUCCUCGUCUGCUGUUGAAGAAUGUUUCACCAAAAACGAUGUUGUUUUUGCCAAUCGCCCAUGCUUAAUGAUUGGAAAAUACAUAGGCUAUAACAAUACUACUGUCGCUGGUUCCCAGUAUGGUGAUCACUGGCGCAACCUUCGCCGCCUCUGCGCACUUGAAAUUUUCUCCACAGGUCGUCUCAACAAUUUUCAGUCCAUUAGACAACAUGAAAUCAAGCUUCUUGUUCACAGAGUGCUUCAGAAUUCGGGUGGAAAUUUCGGGACUCAUGUUGAACUUAAGUCCAAGUUCUUUCAGAUGUCGUACAAUAUUAUCAUGAGAAUGGUAGCUGGAAAGAGAUAUUACGGUGAAGAGGUUGACAACAAGGAGGCAAAUCAUUUUCGGGAGCUUAUGGAAGAGUUUAAUUCAUACGGGGGUGCAUCAAAUCCUGCGGAUUUCAUGCCUGCAAUAUUUCGUUGGUCUACCGUGAGUAUGGAGAAGAAUUUAGCUACGCUUGGUAAAAAUAUGGACGCGCUCUUGCAAGGUUUGAUUGAUGAACAUCGUAGAGAUAUAAGCAGAAAUACUAUGAUUGAUCAUUUUCUUUCUUUGCAAGAAUCAGAACCGGAAUAUUACACUGAUCAAAUCAUCAAAGGAAUUAUAUUGGUCAUGCUGCAUGCGGGAACUGAUACAUCAUCCGUGACAAUAGAAUGGGCAAUGUCUCUUCUACUCAACCAUCCAGAGGUGUUGGAGAAGGCCAGAACUGAAAUAGAUAACCAUGUGGGUAGUGAUCGUUUAGUGGAUGAAGCAGAUUUACCCAAGCUGAAAUACCUUCGAAGUAUUAUCUCUGAGACACUCCGGUUGUUCCCAGCAGCACCAAUGCUAUUGCCUCAUGAAUCAUCUGAUGAUUGCAAGGUUGCUGGCUUCCACAUUCCACGAGGUACCAUACUAUUGGUGAAUGCUUGGGCCAUCCAAAGGGACCCCUUACUUUGGGAGGAUCCAGAGGGCUUCAAGCCAGAAAGAUUUGAAGGUAUGGAAGUCGAACCAUGGAAGCUAUUGCCAUUUGGAAUGGGAAGGAGAGCCUGCCCCGGGUCUGGACUUGCUCAACGUGUGGUCGGUUUAGCUUUAGGAACUUUGGUGCAGUGUUUUGAGUGGAAAAGAGUAAGUGACGAGAAGAUUGAUUUGGCGGAAGGAAAAGGUCUCACUAUGCCAAAAGCCGAGCCACUCAUGGCUAGGUGCAAAGCUCGUGACAUUGUUCACAAAGUUCUUUCAGAAAUAUCCUGAUGUGUUAUAGUGUCUUUCUUGCAUUUUGUACUUGCUCCAUAUCGUUAAAAAGGUUUGGAUCAGUGAUGUACCUUGUAUUUUCAUUUCUCUCAUAUAAUAUGCACUAUCUAGAUUUCUCAUUUGUCAA